AUUGUGAAAGGUGCGGAAGGAGUGGAUCUGGUCUGCCUUUGUCAAGAUUGAAAUGAGUAAUAAAGUUUGCCGACUUGGCUCUUGACUAUGGAGCCUCUCUGUUGUUGUACAUUUUUGUAUACGCUUUGAAAAUGGCGAUUCUGCACAAUUUGAUUGGUUGAUGCCUUUAUUCAAGGUGCGAAAGCUCAGAGAAAAUUGCUCCAAAAUGAAAUUAAGUUGCUUUUUCACCUUAAAAACAAUAGUUAAACAUAAACCUGCCACUAAACAAAUACUAAUGUUGCACUGUGUGUACAUAUACGAAGAUCAGGUGACAGGAAAAGUUACAUUUCUGUAGUUCUGUUUAAGUUGUGUCAUUGGACUUUGUGUUUGAGUAACAUGUGUUCGCCAUGUUGCUGCACCAAACCUCCACAGCUUCAGUGGAUCAGAGAGAUGUCUCUGCUGUAUAAAAGGACUCAGUGUUUGGAUUUCUCUCCAGUGGCUUCCUGCAUCGCCACCUAAAUUGAAUUAAAUCAUCAGACGAUACCAUUAAACAGCACACGCGCGCGCACAUAACUGUGCGUGACGUGGCUUGGGUUUCAUGUUUAUCAUUUUAAAAUGAGAACAAAAUAAUCUUUUACUGCUCUCCUUAGGCUUCAUUUUCCACCAUCACUGUGUCCAAUCGAUCAUUUGAAACUUGUGACCGUCUUCGCUCUCAGCAUGUCCUGCCCCGCUGCUGGAGAACAAAGCGGCAUCAACCCUAAAAUCAAAGCUCGCUGAAAUUAAGUUAUCCAUCAAUCAAAUUGUUUUUUACUGGUCGUCUCAAAGUUCUCACUCAGAGUUUUCUUCUGUCACUGAUGAAUUUAAGUAAAAUCCCCUUCCCACAACACCCUGGAAGUGUUUGUCUCGUCACACAUUGAAAUGACAAUUAGCUAGUAACGACCAUUGAAGAUAAUUUAAAAACCUAGUAGUUGUACAGAAUCAUUAAUACAGAACCAUAAAUAUGUAUGUAAUCUAUGUGAUGAUGAACGAGGACGUUUAAAGACAGCAAAAACCCACAGAGGGAGGAUGGAAAAAGAGGGGGAUGGGGUUCAUUUAUUUGUCACGUAACUGUCGUACUUAAGUGACCCCACUUAUGUAGUUAUUUUGACCCAAACCACAAUCUUUUCCUCAACAUAACCAAGUUGUUUCCUGUGAAGACUGAAGUUUAUUUUGAAAAGACUGAGCAGAAAGUGACACGUUGCUGGACUUCCCUAGGAAAACGCACAAAAAAUGAUAUCGUAAGAUAUCAUACAAACCGCUGUAUGAAGCUUUGUGUAGUGAAGGUAGUAAAAUAAUGAAUGUAUAAAUAGUAUCUAUGUACUAUUUACUGUACAUGUCAUGUCAAUCAGUGUAAUACAACGGCCAUAAUAAACCUCAACAACUAAGGUUCUGUAAUCUUAUUGGGGUCAGGACUCGGUUCUACUGAGGAGCUGAUUAUGUUCCAAGCAGACGGCGCCAGCGGAGGACACUUUGUGUUCUUCAACAUUUGGCAGCAGGUUUACUCAAACACGCUUCCCGACUGAUUCAGUCCAAAUGGUUUCGACUUGUUUACCAAAGGGAAGCUUAGUUCAUUGGCCGUGCAUAACGGGAUUUCACUGAGAGAGAGUGAUGAGGAUGAGGAGUGUUUCUGGGACUUUAGUGAAGGCUCACAAUUGGCAGAAUGAGAUGUUGUUGUCUGUGGGCAGGAGGCACACACACACACACACACACACACACACACACACACACACACACACAACCCUCAGUGUCUGCAUUCUGGAAAACACACACGUUGUAGCAUUUAUAGUGCUAAUGACCGAGCUAGUUGGUGUGUUACAUGUGUGGUGCAUUGAAAACAGGCUGCGUCUGUUCAAGCCUAAUGUGUUCAGUGUGAUUCGGAUGAGAGUCAACGGACUUAAAGUCACUUGUAGUUCACAGCUCAGCACUCUGGACGUCAGCAGAUGUCUUUCCAUCUAAACUCUGCUCCUCAUCAGCACACUUUGUAGUGAUAAAAAGCAUCGACAUGUUUUAGAUUUUACUUCGUUAAACAGCUUCUAAAUCCAUUCCGACGUGUUUCAGCAAUUUGUGACUGAAUUAGGACAUGAGUCCAUGUACAGAAAAAAAAAGAAAAGGAUGGUUGUUUCACAGAAAUGUUCCUCGUCUGGAAAUCUUCACAAUAUCUAUCACUUCCAGAGGAGCAUGAGGACAUAAAAUGAUGGAAAUGACAUUUUGGUUAGAAGGUAAGUCAAACGCAGACAUUGUGAUUCACUAAUGAGAUAAACCAGACUGUGACAUUUGGAUAUUGUAUCAUUACAGCAAUUGAGAAAAGGUUAAGGAAGUGGGGAGUUUGAGAAGCUGCUCAAUGCGGAACAAUUUAUUUUAACUGUAAAAUAAGACGUCUUUAUCUCAGUGGAAGUUUUAAAGGCCUUACGGGUCUUGGUCAGUGACGUCCAUCCGUCUGAGUCAAGUGUCGGUGCUAGAUUUUUUUGAUAACAGGAUAGAUAAGGAAAUCCGUGAAACCACUGACUUUUAAAACAAGUAGAUUUAAUGAUAGGUGUUACGGCAUAUGGCUCAAAUGGCCAAAACAAUAUGACCAUUUAAAGAAAAGUGGCUUUAUUGACACAAACUAAAGGAGAUUAGACUUUAAGUAAUUAAAGUAUAGGGUGUGGAUAUCAGUGGGUGCUGUGCAUGAGUGGAAGAUGUGGGUGCAGACAUUGAAAAUGUGCAUAAAUGCAAAGCAAGAAACUAAGACAACGUCACCAAACCAAACGGGAAAGAAGCAGAACAGAAAGUCAGCCACAGAAAAGGCUACCAGGUGCCUCCAGACUGAAAUAACCUGGGAUCACCCUCAGGUGUCUCCAGUCGCUCUAAUGAUCACCUGCAGAGAGAGCACAGACAGGUGAAUCACCCAGCAAACCAGGUGACACCAAAAGGGUCAUCACAACCGGAAAGAGGGACAUGGAUGAAGUCACAUAUACUAAAACUGUAGAAAAGUUCAGGUCAAGUUUUAGUUUAGUAACAUUUUUUUUGAAAAGCACAAAAAUAAACACUCUUAAUUAUCUUAAUAUCUUUGUUUUUCCUAAUUUAAACCAUUGGUCUGCCAGCGAGGUAAUUAGAUUCUUCCAAACAUAUCAAAUGGUUUCGCGUAUAAAUACUGACUUAACAGAAAGUGAGAUGAGAGGAUUGAUGCCACUACGGCAAAUAUUUGGCUACAGCCAGGAUCCCGUUAGCUUAGCUUAGCAUAAAGACUGGAAGCAGGGGAUGACAUAACCACAACUCGUCGUUUUCACUCUUUGAUUUUUGUAGGAAUUAUACAAACUAGAUAUAGUGUGUUAAUUAGCGAGCUUUACAUGGUCUGGUUGGUGGACAUAUUGUUACCUUUGCUGUCCAAAGUUAACAAAAGCCAUGCUAGCUCCUUCCCUCUGUUACCAGUCUUUGUGCUGAACUAUAAGCCGAUCGAGCUGCCGGCUUUAGCUUCAUGUUUAUUGACAGAUACGAGAGCGGAAUCAAUCUUCUCAUCUCACUUUCCGCCAGAAAGCAAAUAAGAAAACGUACCAAAAUGUCAAACCUAACUAUAAGACUACAUGGCAAGACAUUUUUAUAAUAUGCUCUUUUUUGUUGUUGCUAAGACUGUUUUUAAAGUUUGCUUCCGUUCAAAACAGCCGAUCGAGUCCUCAGACUUCUCUGAGGAUGGACUUCAGGCCCAACAAAGGAGUCGGACUUGUCCCGUCCUGCUCGGAGAGGAGUCUGUGAGGAAGCCGUCGGUCUCUCAUUAACUCAUCAAUCAUGCUCAAUGAGUCCAUCCGCCAUUAGGAAGAACCUCGAAUAACCUGCAGCCUUUUUGUUCUCUCUCUAGCUGUUGCCUGAGUGGUUUUUCUUUACUGAUUACUAAUGUAGAGAUGGAGUUUUGGCUUCUCUUCAGUUGGCUUCAUGUUAAGUUAUUGGCAUCUGGAAACAUGCAACAUAAAUUAAGACUGUCUCUGGACUAUGUCUUCUCUCAUGGAAGCUUUUGUGUCUCUCCAAACCCUCUAAUUUUCCAGGGUCAUCCUGAGGACUCCUAUGCUCACUCCCACACCAAUUGGCAACAAAUAGCUUUAUUAUCUUGUGUUAAGACUGUAGACGAAUGAAGGGAACAGUGGAUCAACUGUGUCUCCGCUGUGAGGCGUCCGUAUCUGUAUCGGUGUUUGCAGAGCUCUCAGUUUGGCUCGAAAAAAAGCUUUUAAGUUGGAACGACAGGAAGCAAAAAACAGCUCCAUGAGGGAAAAUACCCACAAUCCCCUUAUCAGGUAGAGAGAGAAUGAACAGGUGGGAGAGCAAGAGAGGGAUAAUUACCACAAAAAAAAAAGAGUUGCUAUUUUUAAGCAGUUAGUGCUCCAGCAUGUUGGUUUAGCUCCGUGUUUGUGUUUCCUGAAGUGGAAUCAGUCACCUCAGCUCAGGUGUGCAACCUGCUUCAGGCCAGGAUUAAGAAAUAGAGAGUUGAUCUGUGCUGAAGAAACGAGACAUCGGGGUUAGGUUAUUAGGUUUUCUCUCUUUUCCCCCCCUUUGCCCUCUUCGUCCUCCUUAACCAUUUCUAUUCAACCCACUCUCUUCCUUUCAUGUUCACCUCUGUAUCUCACUCCCUCUGUGACUCGCCCAGAGGAGAUCAGAAAUGCGUUGGUUCACGAGUCGUGAGAGUUACUGUACUUUGAUUUAUGUCCUUCCUCUCCACUGUACCCUUGCCUCCUCCUCCUAUUUCCUCAGCCUUUCCCUCCGUCUCCUUCCUCGUGUCUCUGGCAAUUUGUCUCCACCUCCCCAGAGUCCCGUUGUGCAGGUGUUACAGUUUGUGUGUUUUGUUUUUUUGCUCCCUCUACGUCUGUUAGCUCUCAUCAGAUAGUUACAGUAACAAAUGAGUCUAAUCCCACAGUUCAUAUUUCAUUCUGUGCAGGCCACCUGAACAAUCUGUGCCAAUUAUUAUCUUAAGAUACAUGAAACAUGAAAUGUUCCACUAGAUAUGUGCAUGGAGGAUGGGGGUUAGCCUGCCUCUCUCUCCCUGGUUUAUACUACACCGCUCAUAACUCAAGUCCACCACAACAGCCAUAGAAUACAAAUGAGGGGAGCAGCAACGAGCUGAAUAAUGACACCUGUGUGUGUGUGUGUGUGUAUGCGUGUGUGUUGGAGCGAGGUUUAUUGCUGGUCACAUUUUAACCCUUUCUUUCUGUACUCUGGCAUUUUUAUUACCUCUAUCCAAAGCAGCCGUAGGCAACCUCAGGCCCGCCGUAGCUUGACCAAUGGCAGAGUAGCAGUGUGUGUGGCGGCUCAUGAGAGCAGUGACAGGUGAGCUGAUUGACACAGCUGUUGCUCGUUGUCUAAUCCUACUCUCCCUUUAAAUGCAGUAGCGUGCCAGACUUCGGAUGACUCUCUCACACACACCAAACUUUAUGGACCAGAAAAGCCGGGCAACCAGGAAGCGCACGCUCCAAGAGUCAUAUAUGUUUUAAAAGUGUGUUGUCAGUUGGUAGCAGUUUGUGCUGGGAGGACUCUCGGUGGCAGCAGUCUUGUUGGCAGGUUGUUGGAAAUGUUCUCUCAUCUUUCAAGGCCAUCAAAUAUCAACUGAUCUGUGGCCAAACAAUCGGAGCGAGCACCCAUGACCUGAUCAAAACGUGGCAAUAAACUUCUGCAAAGGCAACCGAAAAUAUAAUAAAUGGGGAGACAUUUACAGACAACACAUUGAACUUGGAUGGAUAUUUGAGUCAAUGUAACGCUUGAGAAAAAGAAAAUGUUUUACAUGAAAGGGAAUAUUUCACAUCGUUUUGUGGGGGGAGGUUUUCUUGCACCGUCAUGGUCCUGUAAAUACUCAGAGCACCAAAUGUGUAUUCAUCCGUAGCUGAAAAUAGUCCCGUUUGAGUAAUUUUGCCAUGCAGCUGUUUAGGUAAUUUUGCCUUUUAAAAAAAAAAAAAAGAUGAACAUUGUUUUUUUUUUCUUGUCAUCGGCCAGCCGCACACAUUUACGCUCAGUUUUGGAUCCAGGCUCUGCAGGUGUUCCUAACACCUGCACUAAGAGCAAUAUCAUUAUUUUUACCUGUUUUGUUAUGUCUUUAAAGCCCCUCCCCCAUCCACUUUUUUUUUCUAAUGAACCCAACAUGUACGCACUGAACCACAUGCCCAUUGACAGUGACACACAGUGGCCGUUUUUCAAGCCCAGUCGAGCAUGAAGUGGAAACCCUGCUACUCUUCAUGGCCCAGUGGCCUGAAUGCUCACCUGACACUGAUGUUGAGGUGAUGACAGAAGGCAGAACAGCUCUCACUUUUUAUUUUCUCUCUCUCUGAGCAGCUGAUGACAGGUCGAGCUGAGGACAUGAGAUGAGCUAAUACUCACCGCAGUAUUACAUUUUCCAAUAAGUGUAUGUGUGUGUGUGUGUGUGUUAGCGUCAGAGCUUGGGCUUGGUCAGUCCACCGGGAGUCAUAUAUCACAUUUAGCUGCUUUUUCAUCCGCCAUCAGUACAAACUGGUCCUGUUUAUCUACAGGAAAUGUUCUCAUCCAAUGACCUAGUGUUUUUGCAGUCUCAUACUUGCAGACCAGACAGAGUCGGAGUCGAUGCAGCGCCUUCUAGUGGACAGAGAAGUUACAUGUGUGCACUAGAAAGGACUAUGUUGUCUAUCUGAGCUCUGCUCAGAGAGAGCAGGUUUGUGCCUGCUCUGGUAAAAGUGAUAUAUUUGCCUUUUAUUGAAUAGGUCAGGAUUGUCCGCUAAGAGCUGCUAACUGCAAAUUAAUGGAUUUAAAAGGGGUGCUUUGUGUCAUUGUAUUCAGUUUCAUCAUCAUUCUUUCAUUUAAUAAGCUGGAACCAGAAAAUGUUCUGCUGAAUAAAUGAUUUAAUGAAUUAAUCAAAUCAAAAUAUUUACUUAUCAUUUUCUGAUUCAGCUCAACAUACCACAUAUAGUUUAAAUUCAGUCCGAUUCAGGCAACACAACGUGAGAUAUAAAUCAGAAAAAGAGAACGUGAAGUCAUUACCGUUAUUUUAAAUGUCCGUCUUCUGCCCUUUGACAUUUUAACAAGCCGGUUUUGUUGUCCGCCUGAACUCCGAUUGUCCUCCAACUGCGAACACGUCCAACAGUCUGGCUCAGUUGAUUUAUAAUAUUAUCUUCAGUGUUUCACAGGGACAUGGUUGUUCUGAGUAGCCCUAAAAAAAGACACAGACAGUUGUAUUUGAUGGUUGUAGUUUUUCUACUAACACCCUCUCUGUCGUUAAAUUGUUUGGAAAGUUUGGAAAAUCCACAUUAGCAUGAAGUUAGCAUUAUGUUACUUUGACAUUGUUAUUGAGCUUCUGCGGUGGAAUGGUGUGUGCGCUGAAUCAAAGGCAUCUGAAGCUCCUCUCUGCCCUCUUCCCCCAAGACCAGAUGGUGUCUCUUUAGGCCCUCUAAUGAAUAUUGAUAUGAGGGGUCUUGGUGAACAACAGGGGGGGGUACACAGGCUGGGCCAGAGAUUCCCAAACUUGGCACUUGGUAAAGGUCUGCAUUGAGGGGACUGGGUGUGGAAGGACGAGGGUCUGUUUGGAACUUAAAGGACCACAUCACUGAGAAACAAAGUGUUUUUUUUUUUUUGUCUUAUGCUCCGAAGCUCCCUCAUGUCCCAUAUUGGUAAACUGUCUUGCACAAAUUAAUAUGGAUUAGAAGCUAAUGAGUAUCACUAAGUCGCCAGAGUGAUAUCAUCCAGACCACAUGGCAAGCUUUGGUGUAAAGUUUAAAAAAAAGGAGUGAAAAAGUCAAAUGAAAGAGACAUUUUUCAGCAAAAAGACUGAGAUGAGAAGUGCUUAUAUAUAGAGGGAAAAUAAAAUGUCAGUGUGUAAGGUGAAGAGACGGACAGGUUAAGUCACUGGCAGAGUUAAUCCUCUGGCAUGACUCCCAUGUCUAAAGCUGCUCUCCCGAAGGCCUCGGCUUAUUCAAGCCCCCACUCAACCCAGAGGCUGAGCCACCGCCAGCACCCCAGUCUGGGCAGUCUGACCCGGGACACCGGGGUGGAGAUUUCUUCACUCUGUGCUUCCCCACCUGUUUUUCCAGGGCCAGGAGGGCCGGCGGGUGUUUAGAUGAAGGUAAUUGAGUUAGCACCCUCCAGCGUGUCCCUCCAGCUGGUCCGGGCCAGCUGUCGCCCCCUGCUGUGCCACUUUAUUGUGAACAAACAUCCAUUCAGAGGGCCAGUGGAUCAAUUGCUGCUGCUCCAGAGGGGAGAUAACCUGUGGAACUCGGCACCGGUUGUAUAUUUGGCACAGAAUCAGCCUUUUUAGUUGUGUUUUUUCUUUUCCACAGCCGUGUUGUAUUUCAUACCCUCUGCAGUUUGUCAGGAAACAUCAGUAGGCGCGCACACAGCGCCGUGAGAGCAGCAAUGAUGUGUCAGCUAUUUUUAACUCAAACUAGACCUCUGUGGCUACGAGGCAAAGGGGGCAGACAGCAAGAGAGAGAGAGAGAGAGAUGUGGAGGAGGAGAGAUCGUGAGAGACGGGGACACUGGAGAAAGUGAUGCAGUGAGGAAAGUGCAUUGAAAUAGUUGUUGUUUAGCUUUUCACUGUGAGGACACAACCUCUACUGUCAAAUGUAGAGCCCUGUGGCCCUUAGAUAAUGAGACAGAGUGUCAGACUUAUGCACGGUGCUGAAGGCUUUCAUUAGGGAAAGGACGAUGACAAACAGAAGUACAUAACCCUGAAAUAUAUCAGUGAUUACGGUGUAGUUUUAGCUUUAAUUAUAGUCGUAAUUUGAACUGCGUCAUAGUAAACACAAGGAGGAAAGCCUCCAGUGCUGCACACUUGCUAUAAUAACACAUUAUUAUGACAGAAGCUGGAGAAUGUCAUUUCUUUCACAAAGACUGGUUCGGGACUCACCGGUGGGACGCCGGAUAUUUUAUUAGGGUCGCUUAAUAAAUUUGCAGAAUUUCUUCCAUAGUCCUCUAUCAGCAAGUGCGCCUUUCAGCCACAUGAGAGAGCUUAGAUGUUCAUAUUGAUGUAAUAGUUGUUGCCUUCUUAUAUAAUUAAUUCUUAAAUAAUAUGGCUGGCGUACAUUCUGUUUUUUACUGAUGACAGAGGAAAGAACAGCCUGUGAACUCCACUUAAAUGCAUUUAUUUGGUCUCAUUUAUAACGUAUUUAUAACGUGAACACAUAAAACAAAGUUGUGGUAAAUGUUUACCUCUUGGAAAUGGCCUGUUUACCUAUUUAAGAUAAUAUAAGGUGAUGGAAGUAAAAAUGGUCAGGAACUAUAUUUACGCACAAAUUCACUCUCGAUUUAUAGAUAAGGCCUGCUGUGAAUUGGGUCAAAAAAGUUUGGGAAACACUCGAUUAUUACAUUUUACAGCAAUUAUCAAGGUAGUUUCCUAUCAAUAUAUAUAUAUUGUAAUUUCCAUUGUUCAAACUUUAUGUAAACCCUUAACAGUGUUUUCCAACCAGUGGGUCAGAAUCCCUCAGGGGGUCUCAAGAUAAGUCUGAAAGGUCAGAUUUCUCUCAAAUUGUCCCUUUUUUCCUAUAUAGUUUUAUCUUUCCAGACUCUCUGCAUUGACGAUCACACGUGUCUGUCUGUAUUGAGGGAAGUGGGGGUGGAUGCCUCCUGAAAGCCAAACUUUGACAGCCGUUGUGCUGGUGGUGGUGGGGGGGGUUCUUCAUUUGACAAUAGAGAGAGGGUUGCAAUGGAGAGAGCCAGUGUGAGCGACAGAGCAAACGAGAGAGAGAGAGAGAGAGAGAGAGAGAGAGAGAGAGAGAGAGCGAGCAGGGGGGAAGGGAGGAGAGUAUCAGACUCGGGGAUAAGGCGGACAGGCUGCUCGGCUAGAAGCAGAUCUUAUUGUGUACUUGUCCUUCCCAAGUCACUCAGACACUCUGCAGAAGGAGGAGAGGGCUUCUCACUCUGCCCAUCUACGCUCACUCUCAAGAUUUUACUCAUUUUUUAAUCCUCAGAGUUCAGAGCAUCUGGAUCCUUUUUUUGUUUUCUCACCACUGACAGAAAGAGGACUUGUUGGACUUUGCUUUACCGCAAUGUUUUGAUUUCUGUAUCUGAUAUGGCGCUCGUGUAGACAUGGUGGUUUACUUGAGGAAGAGCAUCCACACUCUGCUGUCGGUCUUCAAGAAGAAGGCUGGCCCGAAAGGGAAUGAAGACCAGAAGAGGUUGACCGUCCACUACAGGACCUCCCAGCACUACCAGGAGAAUGUUUUCAUUGAGGGCAGCAGGCCGCAGUACCUGGAGGACCUGCACACCGAGGCCCAGGAAGGGCUCAAGAUACUACAGCAGGAAGAACACACGAACGGAGUGAACUUACCUGACGAUGAGAGCGUUGCUUCUACAGACACUCUGCGACCGGAGCAGGAUGUCAGCUCCAAAGACGGAGGUGGCUCUCCGGUGUCCAGAUCCACGGCCGGGGGUUCUGAUACCACAGUGACCUCUGCUGUGUCGACCAGGCCUGUGCUCACCCGCCAAGGUUCAACAUUCAAGCCUCUGAAUCCAGUUAAAAGACUAGAUAAGAGCAGGAAGAGGAGCCGGAGGACCACCAUCAUGGGUAUUCCCAACCAGGUCCAGAAGGAACUUGCAUUGCACAGAAGCGCAACCUUCCAGCAGCUUGUUUCUACCCCUAAAAACGACGGAAAGCUCAGUAGCAGCCAAUCGGGUGUAGUUAUCAUUCCAACAGUUGAUGGAGGGACUCCAGUAGCGAAUAAGGAGGGAGCGAGGGUGCACCUUUCAGAGCUGGAGGCAUCCAGAGAGGAACAGCUGAUGAGGCAGCACCUCCAGGAAAUGUACCAAGACGAGCAGCCCUUCAACCACCAGGGCUUUGGCUCCUACCACUGCCCCACCUCAGCAAUGAGACCCAAGUCCCUUGCAGUACCUGGCAUGACCACCUCCUCCUCCUUAUGUCCUUCAGCGAUGUAUAGAUUCCUCCAGGAACCCCAGGGUCCCGUGAUGUCCAUGUCUCCUCAGGCCACCUACAUGUCUACAAUCAUCCCUAAUGCGGUCUUGCCAGCCUCAAUUGAAGUCAUCGAGAUCGACCGCAGCAGCAGCCGGACGCGUGGCAGCAGUGUGAGCCAAGGCGGUAAUGUCCGCACUGUGAGCAGAAGCAGCCUUGCAUCCGGGGACUUAUCAGUCAGUCCUUUGUUGUCCAGAAGAUCAGACAGUGAUGGCUCCCAAACUGACAAUUCCCACGACGACUCCACACUGAUGCCCUCAUUGGCACAGUCUUCAAAGACCAUUAUGUCAAACUACUCCUCAGUAUCCUCCAAGGGUAGCACGAGAAGCGGUAACUCACGGAGAGUGAGUCUGAAUGGGCGGGAAAGCCAGACAGAGAAGUCUAGCAGGGACCAAGAUGUCGUCAGUCUCCAUAGCUCAGUUAGCAUAAUUAGCAGCUUCAGCACUAAAAGGGAAAAUGUAACAGGUCAAGGAUCUAAGUCUGUUUCAGGGUCAAUGGCUGCUGGGGACGAUGAAAAGACCAAACAGAAUUUCUCUCGUCUGUCGGUUAUGAAGACCAAGCAACCCCCGGCCCCUCCACGGAGAACAAACUCUCUGCAUAGUAAUAAGAUCAGGAGCAACCCCAAGGUUCUGGUGGAUCUCAAUGACUCUGUGUCUGGAGAUGGGGCAAAUGCCACAGAAAUUAUUGUAGCAAAGGAUGAGAUGAAAUCAGUUAUUGCAGACACCAGUAAGAUCUCAACCCUUGUGUCAAACUCCACUGGGUCCAGCUGUCUAGAUGUUUCCUCCAGUCCCUUGAGCACCACACAAGCCUCUUUCACUGAGGCAGGAGUAGCAACAAAGCCUCAGCCAGAAUCCAGUAGCUCCUCCCCACAGAAAACUUCCUCGGAAGAGGGGAAAUUUGAACGGACCAUGUCCCCUUCCAGUGGCUACUCGAGUCAGAGUGGCACUCCGACACUCUCCCCAAAAGGGAUCUCCUCAACCUCCCCCGACAAACAGAAGAAGAAACCUGUCAAACCAGAGAGAUCAGUGUCUCGGGGCUCAUCCUCAGCAGCUUCUCCCUCCUCCUCGCUUACCUCUCUGUCGUCUGGUACGUCUGAGCCUGUCCAUCCAGAUGUUUCCACAUGUAGCCCCAGUCUGCCCCCACAGGGAUCUCCACCCACUGUUGCUGCAAAAGACUUCACUCCAGAUAACGAUUCUUCGACUUUGGGAGUUGAAAUCGGAGAGCUGUUGAACAUCCCACCACCUCCCAAAGUCAAAGCGCCAUGUCCUCCUCCACCGGAGACAUGGAUUCACAACAGAUGCACCUUUCAGCUCCUGUGUGGGCCUUGCCCUAAUGUAAGCAAAGUAACCCAGCCACCAGCACAGACACAAGACAGCACAGUUAAACAGACGGGUACCCAGACCGAAGCCAUCAUGGAGAUGCACGUUUUAGAGGAAAAACAAUCAAGUGUAGACAAAUCUGUCUUAGAAUUGUCAGAGAGCAAAGCAAACCCUGAGACUUUGAUAGAAACAGGUCCUGAAGGAGUUCACAAUGAGAUGAAGAAUAAGGAAAGUCUGAGUACCGAAGAAGAAAGGAUGGAAGCAAGUAUAGACGUUCAGAAACAAGAGCAGAGUAGUAGCCCUGCAGUGAAGGACCCUAAGAGUCCAAAGAAAGAUCCUCCUCCUGUCAUGAAGAAACCCAUGACCGUACUGAACAGAGAGGUGUCAACAGAACACUCACUGGACAGACAGCAAAAGAAAAUGAGUAGCAGUGCCCCGACAGAUGUUUGUUUACAUGUUGAGGACCACUCAACCUCCCCACAGCAUGGGGUCACAAUUUUAGUUGAUAAGAGUGAUGAUGUGAUGGACAGAACUGAGGUCACAACCAUGCAGGUGCUUUCUGUAGAGGUCCCCAAAAUUAGCAAGGCCUCACCACCACCUACCCCUCCCCCAGCAUACCACCCUACACCUCCACCGUCAAGAAGGACACCACCUUCGUCAGUGUCCACGCCACCAGAUGAAUUGCAGAGGGUACAGGAGGAGAUCCCUGCUGUCGAGUCUUGCUGGCCACCUCCUCCGCCUCCUAUGGAAGGGGACUCAGUCUUUGACGGAGGAGAUGAGGUGGACUUUCCUCCACCUCCUCCACCCUUACUGACAGACAGUGUGCCAAAUGUCAUGGGCAGUUGCAUCACAGAGCUGGAUGUCUCAAAAAGACCCACAGAGGAAGUGGGAGAGUCAACUGAGGAUUCGACUGAAGCUGGGACAUCUGUACUUGGACAAAUUCCAGAUUUGUCCCCUGCUGUUCCUCAAACAGUAACUGACACCAAACCAGAGGUUGUUGUGCAAGUUUCAAAAGCCAACACAGCUGGGGAGAUUUUGUGCAGACCCGUUACAAACUUUGUAUCUGUUUCAGAGAAUGUCCCAUCUCCCCCAGUGGUGGCACCCCCUUUUCCACCCAUUACAAGAGUAGAGAACCAAGUAUUAGUCCCUGUUUUAGUUCAUCCCUGCAGUUCCCUGAAGCGCGUCGCUCUGUCCGAGCCUCCCGUCAGUGCCCAACCUCAAAUUGCUGUCCCAGUAGCACCAACUUUACCAGCAGAGAACUUCACCCACGGGAUAAAUUUCAGAAGGCAGCCUAGUGUACCAAACCGAGACGCCAGGAGCAAGGAGCUGCUUUCCCGCCACAAGAGUGCCCCCAUUCCUAAAGAGGAUGCUAACAUACCUCUAGUCACCCCCUCCCUGCUUCAGAUGGUUCGCCUCAGAUCAGUCAACAUGACUGAAGAUCAGGUGAAGGCUCCAUCGGAGGACAAGUCAACAAACCAGGUAGAUUCAGUUCAGGAGAAUUGCUCAGUCUUAAUCCCAGGAUCUCAAAACGUUCCACAGAAGCCCAUCCGUAAGUCUCUAUCACUAAAAUCUCCCCCUCAGGCAGUAAAGACAUCCUCUGUGGUGCUACACACCCCUUCCAUGCGCCUACAGGAAGCCAUACGUAUGAAAACUGCAGCCAUGUCUUCUAGAGAUGGUCUUCCAUCCCGACUGGGUGUGAGAUCCUCCACUUACAGCUCUGUCGGUGAACAUGGGGCUCUGUCCCUGAAAUCCCCUGAGGGAUGUGACACGCACAAGUCCCCAGCCUCUACCGCCAGCUUUAUCUUCUCUAGGAGCACAAAAAAGGUUGUUUUCGAGACCGCCGCCGCCUCCUCCCCUGAAGCUCAGGCAAGUCUGAAGCAAAGCUUGGCGGCAGAGCUCCUGCAGGUGUCUGACCAAUCAAAUAGCACCUCUUUCUCCAAUGGUGGUGUGAAGUUGGACAAAGUUCCUCCUCCAGUGGCAAAGAAACCAGUCAACAGUCCGUCACAGAAUCUUCCUGCUUGUUCAUCAAAGAUGGACUUCAGCGUCGAAGGAAACGGAGCGAUAGGAGGAGUGCAACACACCGGUGGAAUAACACUUCCUGAGACGACGACUACGAGAAUGACGGCGGACACAAUUGAAACACUGUUUUGAAAGAGCGUCGGACCAUCCAGAGGAUCAAGCAGAGACUACAAGUAAAAGGACAACUCUCAGCAAGGACUGACAUUACUGAGAGACGUUUAACUCAACUAUCAAGAGUGUUGUGUGUGUUAAGUCUUCUCCAAAAGCCUUAGCCUGUAAUGGCCUUCCUACAUAUUUAUGCAAAAAAGAAAAGGUGUCGCUCCCAAUUUCUUAUGAUAGCUUUAUUCUGGAGUAUUUUUCUAAGGUAUAGUUUAUCUCUCAUUAAGGCCCCUCAGGAUGAAAUGGUGUACAUUGGCUGAACUGUAAAUAUUUGGCUUCAUAGAUCGCCUCCCGGAGGCCGAAAUAGGUAGUGGUCACUGCAGCUCAGAGGAAAGGAUUUGUCUUGAUAAAGCAUUUCUGUACAGAGCUCUACUGUCUGUUAAGUCUGUUUUUUCCCCUUUUGUAAUAUAAUACACAAUUAAGAAGUUGUCAGAAAAAUGGCAUCCGCUACAUGACAACAUUUUAACGCCUUCUUGGCUUAAAGAUCGAAGUAAAAACACAAAGCUACACUCAAGUUUCAGUCCUGCUUUUCACUGUGUGGAUAGAUAUAUCUGGAGUAGUAUGUGAGUAAAAGGGAUGCUGCACACUCACAAGAAUGAGAGGAGGAUAAACCAUUAAGACCUAACGCAGAAAAGCAUCCGAUUGCAGCGACUGCUAAAUGCUUUUACACAAUCUGCACAAUCCCUUCCUGGGUUUAGUGACUGAGAAAUCUUUUAGCACAACAGCAACACAAGCAUCCUAUUUAUUUAUGUGUGGUUGUUUCCACUCGUAGCACUGUCAGUCACCUUUUCCUACCAAAUAUGAAAUAUUUAAGAAUCUAUUUCAUCUGACAAACCACUCUUAUAGGGCAAUGGAUGCGAUUGGCCUUGGAUGAUUGAUACACUGGAGUAGACUUAAUUAUGAGGUCAGCGUUUUUUUAUUAAAUGUUCCGCGUCUAAAACUUUUAAGCCCAAACCUUUUCGGUGGCAAAUCCAGCUCAUCGCUCUUUGCACAAAAUGCUUUCCCCCAGCAAAAAUCAUUGGUGAGUGAAUUAUACCGACUCUUCGUAACGGGUCAAAAAAUGUACGUCUGUCUCGAUGAUUAUAAAGAAUUAUGUACAGUUAUUACUUCUAUAAAUAAAAAAUCUAAGUGUAUUAAAAAUGUGUUUCCUGCUUUGUUUCUUGAACGAUGUGAUGCAGACACACUUCAACAUAAGAGCGUCUCUCAUCCGACACAAACCCAUUCAAUCUCUGCACACCACCGAUUUCAGCCAGCGUUUAUUUCAGAAUAGAGCUGAUGCACCAUUUGAUUAUAUGACAGUCAAUGUCCAGAUGUUGAUUUCUGUACACU